CUGCAGCAACACUCCCUCCUGCCCUGUGAGGUUUAUCCACAAUGUAAAAACUGAACCAGCAGGAUAAAAGUUAUUUUAAUGGAAACAAAGGAUCCAUAUACAGGACCAUGGGAUAUGGGCAAUUCCUCCACCGGCGGGGCACAAAGGAGGACCAGGUCCACCUCAACGUGGGUGGGGUACGUCAUGAAGUGGAUCCCGACACACUGCUCCGUUUCCCUCACACACGCCUGGCUCGCCUGCUGCGCUGCCAAAGUGAGGCAGCGAUUUUGGAGCUGUGUGAUGACUACAGCCCAGCUGAGAGGGAGUACUACUUUGACAGGAACCCCAGAGUUUUCCUCUGUGUCCUCAACUUCUACUACACGGGACAAAUCCACAUGAUGGAGGAGCUGUGUGUCUUCUCCUUCAGCCAGGAGAUCGAGUACUGGGGCAUCCAGGAGCUGCACUUAAGCUCCUGCUGCAACAACUGGUACCACGAGAGGAAGGAGUACAUCGAGGACAGGGACUGGGACGUCCGGAGCGACGACCAGCAGCCGAGCUUGGACUCUUCAUUCGAGGAGCUCUCUGCUUUAGAUAAAGACUUGGCCAAGUUCAAAGGUGCGUGGUGUGCCGAAUUGAGGAGCUACAUUUGGCUCCGUCUGGAGGAUCCGGGUCACUCCACAGCUUCAAAGAUCAUUGCUGUGGCGUCCCUUAGCGUUGUUUUGACCUCUAUUAUUGCCAUGUGCGUCCACAGCAUGCCUGAGUUCCAGCAACUGGACGACAAUGAAAAACCCAUUGAGGAUCCCGUCCUUGCCAUCCUUGAAGAGAUCUGCAUUGCUUGUUUCUCGGCAGAGUUCAUCAUUCGGCUGAUUGUUGCGCCUUCCCGCAGGAAGUUCCUUGGAAACCCUUUGAACAUAAUCGACGUGGCCUCCAUUUUGCCAUUUUACGCCACUUUAGCUCUGGAAACAGCUGACGAGGACACUGCAGAGGAAAGUGAGGACUUGGAAAACGUUGGGAAGGUGGUGCAGGUCCUGCGCCUCAUGAGGGUUCUACGAAUCCUCAAAUUGGCUCGCCACUCUAUUGGACUCCGAGCCCUGGGCGCAACAGUCCGCCACAGCUACCAUGAGGUCGGUCUGCUCCUUCUCUUCCUCUCAGUGGGGAUCUCAAUUUUUUCUGCCAUGAUCUACUUUGCUGAGAAGGAAGAGGAAAGCACAGAUUUAGGGACGAUCCCGUCAGGCUGGUGGUGGGCGACAAUCACCAUGACCACAGUCGGUUAUGGUGACACAUGCCCUGUGACGCUACCCGGGAAAAUCGUGGCCACUUUGUGCAUCAUCUGUGGACUAUUAGUGGUCGCUCUCCCCAUUACCAUCAUCUUUAAUAAGUUCUCAAAGUACUAUCAAAGAAACAAAGCCAUGGAGGGAAAGUGCAUCGCUAAACCUGAGAGGAAAGAUCCUGAACUCCCUCAUUAUAACAUCAGAGAACUGUUCACAGAAAGCGUGUACCCGUUCAUCGGAGGAAUCGCCUUCAGGAUCAGUGAGAGCAGCGCAGGGGAAGACACGGAUGCCUCCAGUCUCCAGGACGUGGAAGUAUACGAUAAUGACACUUGUGAAAACGGGGCUGGAAAAUGAGAUUCCUCUUUAUGACUGCGAGUCUCAGUGGCUCUGAGGGCAGAGUGCUCCAUCACUGACCCAGCCUUCCUGCACGGUCUUCCUCCUGCUAUUUGACAGAACAAAGUAGCCAUGAACUUCUUUUUUAUACUUGUGGGGACAGCCUGUGAAACAUACUGUUGCUAAAACCAGGAAACCUAAAGGGAAUUUCCUGAACCUUGCUCAGGGGUUUUGAAAGCCCAUUUUCUGCUUGAGAAAACAGCGAUGAUGCAUGUAGGAGGCCAUAAUGUUAAUGUUUUCCAAAGUGAUGCCCUGUAUUGAUUUGUCUGCUCGUUGAGAGUUCAGACCCACAAUUCAACAGAUGCAAAAGUCUUGAAUGACAACACUGUUUCAUGUUGAAAAAUUUCAUAAUGAAUCUCUGAUUCCAUGAAGGCUGAUGCAGACUGCAUGAAAACAAAUGGAUGCAAUUGUUCUGUAAAAUUACUGAUGCUGAUUAAGAGAGGCAUCAGGCUCUCAGAUCACUGUGGAAAUCACUGAUUUUCCAGGUUACUGUUGUGAUAUUUUUCUUUUUUUCGGCAUGCUGGGUGACUCUU